AUGUCUUAUUCGGACGAUCGUAAAGAAGAUAGCAAAAGAUGGAGCGGUAAUGGUAGUAGUGGUAGUAGUGCAGACAAAUUUUCCGCAAGACUUUAUGUAGGACGCCUUUCCAGAUCUGUUACAGAACGUGACAUCGAUGAGGCUUUUGGAAAAUUUGGAAGAAUUCGUGAAGUUGAUGUGAGGAGCUCUAAAAAGGAGAACGAUGGUGCAGCAGUCGGCGGAGAGAGGCGUAACGCGGGGCUGCGACGUAUUGUUUUCUGUUUGGUGCAUUCA